AUGGAACUCGUCCAGCAUGAGGAGUUCUUGAAGAGGCUGUCGGAGCUAUUUGACAAGUGCAAUUCGUCCAAGGGUAGCAUUUGGCUAACCCAUAAGCGCUUGGCAUACGAGCCUAAUGGGCCACCCGAAGGUGAGGGCCCCGAUCGGGAGUAUCCAUGCCUAGUGAGAGCAGUCGAUGGACGAGAUGUCAAGUUUUCCACAACUGUUUCUUCUGCUGAAUUGCCAAAAUUUCACGCAGCCUACAGUGCGCUUCUGCGACAGUCAAUGCCCGGACUAAGAAAGCGCGAUAAGAAGAAGGAGAAAGCUAAGGCUGAGGCAACGGCGGCGCGCAGACAAAAACUGGAGACGGACGUCGUCGUUACUGGCUCGAAAAGAGGUCGUGGUCGUGCGAAGCGCCAGCGUAAGGUCAAAGCGGCGAUCAAGCAACAGGAGACCAGAAAGCUGAUCGCAGAAAAGCAACAAACAAAAACUUCCAAUAAGUAG